GUCCAAGAGCUGCAGCCGCCGGCGCUGCGUCAACAAACAAAGCGGCCCACCGGCCGAGCGGCCCUAAACGCCAGCAGCGACGCACCCGAAUCGGCUCAUUCCGCCGGCUACACCCAGCAUCGACGCAGCGCCGGUGACGCAGUCAACUCGCCCGGUGUGGUGCGACUCUCGUGAACAGAGGCGAGAGUUGCCGCGCUUUUCAGACUUCUACCCUUCGUCUUGCUUUUACUCGAUAGUGCGCGUGCAGGGGUGCUUGUUGGAGAGAAGAGUGACGAACGGCGUUUGUGUGUGUGUGUGAGUGCGAAGCGCGUUUGUUUUGGCUGCGAGCCUUCUUGCUGUUGGUGCGUUGGACGAGACACCCGGUGGAGGAGAAGGGUAACGGGACCAGCGGGGGUUGGUGCCCAGCCCUUGUCUUUUCCAGCCGCCUUCGUCGGUGUGCGCACCGCCAAAGUGAACCCUCGCGAGUGUUCCGGCACGGCGCACCUCUUCCUUCCGUGACCGCGACUCUGUUGGAAGUGAGCAUUCGAUAUCUGCAGAACGAUCGUACGAACAAACGCCCCAUCGUCGCGGGACUUGUCGUUUCCGAUGAGGCGAUCUGACGGGAACGCGGCUUGUAGCGCCGGCGUGAGUCGACGGACGUCGGCCGGCGCGCUGUUACUGCUUUCUGGAUACCUGGCGGCGUCGAUCGUGCUUGUAUCAGCUGCCCCAUCAAAAGAAGACGUGGGAAAAAGCUACGAAGACAGUCGCUUGAAGCUCAUAGUAAAAGCUUUCGCGGACGAACUUGUACGAGAACUCUCAUCGGCACUGGACAAGAGCCACGUGGAGCUGAUCAAGGAGAAACUGGGAAAGCUUCCGGACCACAUCCAGGAGCACCCAGCUAUCGGACAGAAGCACCUAUGGGUGGGCAAGGGAAAACCACCGGCCUCCAAGGAUGCUGAGCGGAAAGAGCGACACGCCCUAGCCAAUAGGCGCAAGAUGCCUGUACACAAGCGGGAUGGCGCCCUGGUGCUGCCCUCGGAGGAGAUCUGCCAGACGACCACCCAGUGGGAGCAGCUGAAUCGCACGCAAGACUACGACGGCAACGAGGUAGAAAUCGUGCAGGACGAGAUACAGCAGUACGUGUUCUCGUACCGCUGUGCCACUGCACAGAACCCCUGCACAGCCAUCUCUGUGCUGUACGACAGCGAAUGCACAGAACGCAAGGGCUGGAUGUACCUCUACUACCGACCACUAGAGGGCGAAGAGCGAGUAGCAAAGUGGGGCUACGUUUCUGUGAACCACCACUGCGUCUGCAAGGUUACGCCGAAGGUGCCCGCUAAGAGCCUCCCCGGAAAAUGCAACCAUCUGCAGCUUGCGCCGAGGGCCGCUGCAAAAGAACAUCGCUUUUGGCCACUCCUUUAGCAGCGCUGUUGAAACGAAUCUGGAACGCUCCAAGCCACGUCUGGCUCAUGUUCUUAAAUGCCACGGAGAACUUAAUGUAAUAGACCACUGGCG